AUGUUUAUCGAUUCAGACUCUGAUUCUGAUUUGGAAGAUGCUAUUUUGUUAUAUAGUGCAGUGCUUGCCGAAUCUAUCAAAAAACAAAAAAAGAAAAGGCAAAAUAAAAGUAUUUAUUUGAAGAAGCGACAAAAAAGUGGCAGGUUUGCAAGAGAUUUUCAGGAUUUAAUUAAAGAUCCCAUAAGAUUCUGUGAAAAUUUUCACAUGGACGUGAAAACUUUUCAGCGGAUCCUAUCGAUGGUGACACCUUAUUUGAAGCCCAAGAAAAUGACUCGGCCAACAGAUGGAAUAUCUCCGAAUCAAAAGUUGGCGGCAGUGUUAGAGUACUUCGCUUGCGGAAGUCUGCAAAGGCACAUCGCUUCUGUGUAUAGGAUAAACUAUAUUGAUUCGAGCGGUAAUCUCAUUGAGGGCGAGUGGAGGAAUAAUAUACCAGCGAACUCGCUAUUUAGUUCAACAAUAAAUCCGACACAAGGACGACCAACUGAUAUCGGAAAAACUACUAGAGAUUCAUUAAAGGAAUUCGUAAAUUCGCCUGAGGGUUCAGUUCCUUGGCAAAAAAAAAUAACACAUCAAACGAAUUAAAAUUUGGAAAUUUUUUGUGAGAAUUAUAUCAAAAAGUUGAUCGUACAAUAAAAGAUUACAUUUU